AUGGGUAAUUCCUUAUGCUGCACCAACAAUAGUGGAUUAGGACCUCAUGAUGCUGAUGACGAUGUAAUUCCAAUUGAACUUCACAAAACGAAACUUAGAAGUAUCGGAAGCUCUACUAUGAAUUUAAGCUUGAAAUCAGAUAGAACUCAGAGUUUUGAUUAUACAGCACUGAAUCCUUUAAAUAAAAGUUUAAGUACAGCGUAACUAAGGAAAUUGAAAGAUCAAUCAAAAAUUCCUGGAAGAAAUGAUUAGCCUAAUGUGGAAAUCGAGUUAUAAUUCUAAUUCCCUAUAAAAUACUUAAGCUUUUCUUAGAGAAAGCACUUAGGCUUCAGAAAUAGAUUUGAAUUCGAUAAGAAAAGGUUGAUUAUCGGUUCGAAACGUGAAUUUUCUGUAGUGGGCUAUGACCACAAUAAAAAUGUAUAUGAACUGUAUAAGUAGUGUGUCUCCUAUGAUGAGGAAAUUAGGCACAUUCAGUUUAUUGAGGAUCAUGUUCCAUCUUUUGUGUUCUUGAUUACAUUCAAUAAACUCGAAUAAAAAAGCUAUUUUAAAAUACUCAAACUAAGGAAGAAUAAAGACUUCCAAAAGGAUUAAGCAGGUAGGAAGAUAGAGGAAACUAAGAUGCAAAUUUAAUUGGAUCUGAUAUAAAAAUAUAAAAUGGGUGACUUCAAAGAAAAGAGAAAGAAGUCUUAUGACAAUCUAGAAUUAGUCCCAACCAAAUAAAGUUUAAAUUCUUAGGCUAAUGAUAAUUCAGGUAGAAAUUCAGUUAUGCUUAUUUCAGGUAGAUCCUCGAAGAUAAGUAAUGCAAAACAAACUGAACAGAUUUUGAAAUUAGCAUAAGAAAAUCAGCAAACAUUGACUUCUAACAAUAGCUUUGAUAAUGAAGAGGAGUCUGAUGGCAAAUAAAAUUAAAGUGGAUUUAAAAAAUUUUUCAAUAAGAUUUUCUCUAGAAGAUAAAGUAUGAGUAUUAAUAAGGAAGAAUUAAUUCUGGGAGAUUAUCAGGAAACAUUACCAAGAGAUUCAGAAAGAACAAACUAUGAUUAAAUGAUUAUGACAGAGAGUGGAGAUUAAAAAAACCCAUUUCUUUAAUAUCUAAGAGAAGAAAAUCUUAAAGCUCUUCAAAAAUAAAAUGAUGAUGAGCAAAUUAUAUUACUAAAAGAGCCUAUGCCUUUUAUUACUGAGGAAUUCGGCAAGCUUCAACUAUAAGAAAAUGUGCUAAGAGCAUUCUUGUUCAAUAAUCCAACUGGAACUUAUUUAUUCACACUUGAAGAAGGGAAAAAACUAUGCAUCUACAUAAUAAAAUCAUAUAUAAGCUAGUCUCAAUUAAAAUCUAAGCAAACAACGGACAAUCAAUUCUAUUUUAAAUCAAGCAACAUUUCUAAUUUUAAAAUGGCUAAGAGAGCAACUCUUGAACUUGAGUAUUAACCUAAGUCUGUCGAGUUUUAUGGAGAUUUCUUCAUCAUUAUUUACAAAAAUCACUAAGUAAUUGGGCCAAAUAAACAGUCUACCUAUGAAUAUACUCAUAGAUCAUUUAUUGACAUUGUAGAAAAAUCUGGCAAGCCAAUCAGCAGAGUUGAUCUUGGCCAAAUAAUGGAAAACAAUGGAUUGGUAUUGUAAUCAAUAAAGAUGGUAAAAUUCCCUAGAUUGCAAUGGUCUGAUAGAAAAAUAGAGGAAUAUGAUUUAAGUAAAUCUACAGUCCUUAAAAAAGCAAUAGUUGCUGGUGAGUGUUUAUAUGAUGGAAAAGUGAGGCCUUUCAUUGUAAAAAUUAACUUAGAUUCAUAAAUACCAGAUGUAAUCAAGGUGCUUAGAAUGGAAGAUGAAAUAGUUGAGAUUGGCUAUGGACCAUAUGAUAAUGGCUAUCUAAUUAUAGGUCUAAAAAGUGGUUAGGUACUAGUCUUUGAUACUAUAAAUCUAAACAAAUUACAUUAAAUGCAAGUAUUUGCCUCUCCAAUCUCAAAAAUAACAUUUGAACCUACUAACAUGAUAUUUAUUUCUAGCAAAGAAGGAGAUUUGGUUGGACUAAGUAUCAUUUAAAAAGAGAUGCAUUAUGUUUACCUAGAUCUUGGUAAGAAGCAAUAUUGUACUGUAGCUCUGCCUAAAAAUGGAAAUAAAGAGAUGAAAGAACAUUUAAAUCAAAAUAAUAACAUAUUUUGUCUGUGA